UGCUUUGUAGGAUGAACAACCUCAUAUGUGUCAGUGCACAAAAUGGCGCCCCACAGCCUACUGGUGAGCCGGCUGCAGAAAGCCCUGGGUGUGUGGCAAUACCAUGUGGCCUUAGUCCUGUGCCAACGGGCCAAGGUGACGAUGAGCCACUUUGAGCCCAAUGAGUACAUCCACUACCACCUGCUAGAGAAGAACAUUAACAUUGUUCGCAAAUGACUGAACUGGCCUCCGACCCUCCCAGAAAAGAUUGUGUGUGGACACCUGGAUGACCCGGCUGGCCAGGAAAUCGAGUGGGGCAAGACCUACCUGCGGCUGCGGCUGGACCGCAAGGUCAUGCAGGAUGCGACGGCCCAGAUGGCCAUGCUGCAGUUCAUCAGCAGUGGGCUGCCCAAGGUGGCUGUGCCAUCUACCAUCCACUGUGACCAUCUGAUUGAGGCCCAGCUUGGGGGCGAGAAAGACCUAUGCCAGGCCAAGGACAUCAACCAGGAAGUUUAUAAUUUUCUGGCAACUGCAGGUGCCAAAUACGGUGUGGGCUUCUGGAGGCCUGGAUCUGGAAUCAUUCACCAGAUGAUUCUGGAAAACUAUGCAUACCCUGGGGUUCUUCUGAUUGGCACUGACUCCCACACCCCCAACGGUGGCGGCCUGGGGGGCAUCUGCAUUGGAGUUGGGGGUGCCGAUGCUGUGGAUGUCAUGGCUGGGAUCCCCUGGGAGUUAAAGUGCCCCAGGGUGAUUGGCAUGAAGCUGACAGGCUCCCUCUCCGGUUGGACCUCACCAAAAGAUGUGAUCCUAGUGGCAGGCAUCCUCACAGUGAAAGGUGCCACAGGUGCAAUUGUGGAAUACCAUGGGCCUGGCGUAGACUCCAACUCCUGCACUGGCAUGGUGACAAUCUGCAACAUGGGUGCAGAAAUUGGGGCCACCACUUCUGUGUUCCCUUACAACCACAGGAUGAAGAAGUACGUGAGCAAGACCGGCCGGGCAGAUAUUGCCAAUCUAGCUGAUGAAUUCAAGGAUCACCUGGUGCCUGAUCCUGGCUGCCAUUAUAACCAACUGAUUGAAAUUAACCUCAGUGAGCUGAAGCUGCACAUCAACGGGCCCUUCACCCCUGAGCUGGCUCACCCUGUAGCAGAAGUGGGCAAGGUGGCAGAGAAGGAAGGAUGGCCUGUGGAUCGAGUGGGUCUGAUUGGGAGCUGCACCAAUUCAAGCUAUGAAGAUAUGGGGCACUCAGCUGCUGUGGCCAAGCAGGCACUGGCCCAUGGCCUCCAGUGCAAGUCUCAGUUCACCAUCACUCCAGGCUCUGAGCAGAUCCACGCCACCACCGAGUGGGACAGCGUGCAGGCAGAGGUCUUAAGGGAUGUGGGUGGCAUCGUCCUGGCCAAUGCUUGUGGUCCUUCCAUUGGCCAGUGGGACAGGAGGGACAUCAAGAAGGGGGAGAAGAACACGAUUGUCACUUCCUACAACAGGAACUUCACAAGCCACAAUGAUGCAAACCCUGAGACCCAUGCCUUUGUCACAACCUCGGAGAUUGUCACAGCCCUGGCCAUUGCGGGAACCCUCAAGUUCAACCCAGAGACUACUCGAUGGAAGGAUGGCAAGAAGUUCAAGCUGGAGGCUCCGGAUGCAGAUGAACUUCCAAAAGCGGAGUUUGACCCGGGGCAGGACACCCACCAGCAUCCCCCCCAAGGACAGCAGCAGGCUGUUGACAUGAGCCCUACCAGCCAACGCCUGCAGCUCCUGGAGCCUUUUGACAAGUGGGAGGGCAAGGACCUGGAGGACCUACAGAUCCUCAUCAAGGUCAAAGGGAAAUGUACCACUGACCACAUCUCGGCUGCUGGCCCCUGGCUCAAGUUCCGUGGGCACUUGGGCAACAUCUCCAACAGCCUGCUCAUUGGUGCCAUCAACAUGGAAAAUGGCAAGGCCAACUCUGUGCGCAAUGCUGUCACCCAGGAGUUUGGCCCCGUCCCUGAUACUGCCCGCUACUACAAGAAACAUGGCCUCAGGUGGGUGGUGAUCAGGGACGAGAACUAUGGUGAGGGUUUCAGCCGGGAGCACGCAGCUCUGGAGCCUCACCACCUUGGGAGCCAGGCCAUCAUCACCAAGAGCUUUGCCACGAUCCACAAGACCAACCUGAAGAAGCAGGGCCUACUGCCCCUGACCUUCGCUGACCCAGCCGACUACAAGAUUCGCCCUGUGGAUAAGCUGACUAUUCAGGGCCUGAAGGACUUCACCCCUGGCAAGCCCCUGAGAUGCAUCAUCAAGCACCCCAAUGGGACCCAGGAGACUAUCCUCCUGAACCACACCUUCAACGAGACGCAGAUCGAGUGGUUCCGUGCCGGCAGUGCCCUCAACAGAAUGAAGGAGCUGCAGAAGUGAGGGUGCCUCCCCCCACCUCCCCGCCCAGCGCUGUUUUCAUAUUCAAGUUCAGCUCCACAUGCACCAUCAGCGGAUCCGAUCCAGCCAGCUAUGGCUUCUUAUUCCAAGAUGGUGUGACCAGACAUGCUUCCUGCUCCCGCUCAGCCCACACAGUGGCUGUGGUUGGGUGGGAUUCUUCACAUCGCUUUUUAGUCCCUGCCUGCCUAUGUUUAGUUUUCAGAUCUUAAGCAGCUCCAUGCAAGUGUAUUUAUUUUUGAUGACAAGACUCCCAUCUAAAGUUUU